CCAUGGCACAGUGAGGGGAUGUUUGCGAUCUAGACGUUGAGAUGAGUCUGUGUCGGGGGUGUCUUUUGCUUCUGGCGGCAGCUGCCUUCCUCCUGGGGAGCUCCUCUGUUUCCUCCUCGCAUUCCUUGCUCUAUUUCUACACAACCAUGUGGGAACCUAACCGAGAUCUGUUCCAUUUCAUUGCUGUGGGAUACGUGGAUGACCAGCUUGUCGGUCACUACGACAGCAUCACGAGAAAGGCGGUCCCUCGGGUGUCCUGGAUAAGGAAGGUGGAGGAAGAUGACCCCCACUUCUGGGAGUGGAACACUCGCAACGCCCUGGAUGACGAACGGAGCAUGAAGAAGAACCUGAUGAACCUUCAGAAUCUCUACAAUCGUACUGGAGGCCUGCGCACCUGGCAAUACAUGUAUGGUUGUGAGCUGGCCAAGGGUGCGCACAGGGCGGGUUAUGAACAGUUCGCCUACAACGGAGAGGACUACAUCAGCUUCGACAAGGAGACCCUCACCUGGACAGCUGCCGUGGGGCCCGCUCAGGUGACAAAGAGGGAAUGGGACACCGACAUGGCCCACAGUCAGUUCCUCAAGGCCUACUUAGAGGAGGAAUGUGUCGAGUGGCUACAGAAGUUCUUGGACUACGGGAAGGAGUCUCUGCUGAGGAGAGAGCCCCCCACUGUGACGGUGGGACGCAAGGAAGACUACGACGGCAUGGAAACCCUCACCUGUCGGGUUCACGGCUUCCACCCCAAGGAGAUCGAUGUCACCUGGCGGAAGGAUGGCAAAGUCUGGAAUCAGGAGACCUUUCAUGGGGGUGUCAUUCCCAACUGGGACGGGACCUACCACACCUGGCUGAGCGUCAAGAUCCACCUUAGGGACAGGGAUCGGUACCGUUGCCAUGUGGAACACGACAGCCUACCAGAGCCUAUAGACUUGGCCUGGGAGAAACCAGUGAGAAGGCGAAGGGUGUAUCAGGCAUGCCACAGAGUGCUGCCAAGUGAGUGA